UCGCUGAUAAUACGAUGAGAGACGAUUCUAUAACCAUACUUUUUUGUUCGAGAGCAACGAAUGUGAAUGAAGACAAUUUUUUUAAUGUCGAUAAUACUUAUUUGACUACGUGAAAUACGCACACGAAUAGCGCGAUAACUUUGUCGUAUUCGAAAAUGAAGUGCCACGUACUACUCGUUUGUUGUUUAAUUUUAAUUAACGUUACGAAAAAUGCACAUUCCACGGAAAUUUACAAAAAACCAAGUGUUUUAAUUGGAAUUCUCGUGAGAAACAAGGCGCACACGCUACCUUACACUCUGAGUUUUUUAGAAAAACUUGAUUAUCCUAAAGAUCGAAUUGCUUUGUGGAUUCAAAGUGAUAAUAACGUGGACAACACAAUAAAUGUUUUAAAAACGUGGUUGAGGGAACAGGGAGACCAUUAUUUUUUAAUCAAUGCAACAUUGGAUGACAAAACUCACGGUAUUGAGGAUGAGAAAGGCAUUGCUGAUUGGAGCCCCGUUCGUUUUGAACACGUUAUUAAACUCAGGGAGGAAGUGCUGAAUUAUGCCAGAAAAAUAUGGGCUGACUUUAUAUUUAUGUUGGAUGCAGAUGUCUUUCUGACAAAUCCAAACACACUUGAUUCAUUGAUAUCAAAAAAUAAAACAGUCGUCGCCCCGCUAUUAAAAUCCGAGGGGAUGUACAGUAAUUUUUGGGCUGGAAUGACAGAUGAUUAUUAUUACAAAAGAACGGAUGAAUACGAGCCAAUAUUGUUUAAAAAGACCAUCAGUUGUUUUCCCGUUCCUAUGGUACACAGCGCAAUUUUAAUCGAUCUCAGAAUGAAAGUUAGUGAUCUUUUGACAUACGAUUCCAAUAACUUAUACAAUUAUGAUGGGCCCAGAGAUGAUAUAAUUGCGUUUGCACUUGGUGCAAAAAACUUUGAUGUUGAUCUACACAUUUGCAAUGAUGAGAAUUACGGAUUUAUUACUGUGCCCUUGGAAAGUAACGACUCCAUCGAACACGAUCACCAACAAGUUGUCAACAUAAAACUCGAAAUGCUGGGCACAGAUGAUCAGAGAUCAAUACCCAUAUCCAAGUCCAUGAGACGUUUUGUUAAGUAUCCAAAAAAAGAUACCUUGGGCGUUGAUAACGUAUACAUGAUCAACCUUUUGAGGAGACCAGAACGUAGACAAAGGAUGCAAUCCUGUUUUGAGGAACUAGGAGUGAAUGCGGAAAUCAUCGACGCCGUGGAUGGACGAACCCUGAACGACAGUCUUUUAAACUCGUGGGGUGUUAAAACAAUGCCUGGUUACAAAGAUCCGUAUCACGACAGGUCAAUGACAAUGGGAGAAGUGGGAUGUUUUUUGAGCCACUACAUCGUUUGGAACAGGAUCGUCGAGGAUGGACAUAAGCAAGCCAUUGUUUUGGAAGACGAUGUCAAGUUCGAACCAUAUUUCAGGCAAAAAAUUAGAUUUCUAUUGCAAGAGCUUGACGAGCAUAAAAAAGACUGGGACCUUGUAUAUCUCGGGAGGAAGCGUAUGCAAAAAGAGUCGGAAGAGUGGGUUGGAAAAUCGCGUUAUUUGGUUCAUGCCGGGUACAGCUAUUGGACGGUUGGUUACCUUAUAUCUGCCAAAGGCGCGAAAAAAUUAAUAAACGCGCGACCGUUGGAAAAUCUCCUUCCCGUUGACGAGUAUUUGCCCGUCAUGUCUGACGUUCAUCCAAGGGACGACUGGAAGCAACAUUUUGAAGACAGAAAAAUGAUUAUCCUGUCGGUGGAGCCGCUGGUUGUGUUUCCCACUCACUAUACCGGAGACAGCGGUUACAUCAGUGACACCGAAAAUUCGAUUUUACAUAGCUUGCCGAAAGAAUCGCAUGGAAGAGAAGAGCUUUAGAUAAACUUGGCGAUCAGCGAAGUUUCGUUGCGUUAACCGUACAUAGACUGAGGAAGGAAUAUGCCAUGACAAUUUUAUAUUGCAUUGUACCUAUACGCUUUUUACUGCCAUAUAUAUACGUACUAAUGUGAGUGUGGACGGUGCUUUUGAAUGACGAAACAAAAACAAAAAUCAAAAAAUUGUUUAUUCAUACAAAUUUUAAUGAAGUCUCACGCCGACAUUAUUUCGAUUGUUAAGUGUUUUGUGCUGUAGAGAGAUGAUUUUAUAGUCG